GUGUUGGUGCUCUCCCUGAUUGUCGCGUCGACGAUGCUCGAUCCGGAGUUCCUUGGCUUGCCUGCCAACCUCGAGGGAAACGCACUCGUCCCGUUUAUGCAGUCGAUGAUCAUCAUCCACUUCACAGUCACAACAAUGUUGCUCCUGUACACUCUCUGCUUCUACGUCGUCGACCGCUACUACGCCUCAGCCGUCAGCCGAGAGCAGAGCAAGUACCGCGAGGGAACCAAAGCGGUGUGGCAGCGCCACGCCGCCAACUACAACAAGUGGGUCGACGCGCUGCUUCCACCCACCGCGCUCGUCGAGGAUCCAGAGAGCCCCGAGCCGCCCAAGAGCUCGCACUUCUCCGGCGCGGGCGGCGCCGAGGCCGACGGCGCCGAGGGCAAGGCGGCGCCUCCGGCGGCGUUCAACGUGCAGCGUGCAGUGCUCGAGGUUCUGCUCAGCAUCCCUGCGCUCUUCCACAGGCAGGACCCCACGCGCGCACCGACCCCAGGUAUGGCCGAGAUCCUGCCCAAGUAUGGCGAAAUGCUCGACGUGCGCGGCUGCAUCAAUGGCCACCUCAUCUGGCUCACCCCGCUGGCGUUCGCGCUGGCGUGGAGCAUCGACGCGCUCAUCUACUUUGCGUAG